AGGCAAACAUCAUGUGAAUUUUGCUGCGAAUUAUAUUCUAUCGUCAUCCAUUUAUCAUGUCUUCAGAAAGCGUCGUAUCUGAAAAUUAUCGUAUAUUUGAGCAAUUGGAAUGCUAUCCUUGGGGAAAUGAUGCAGAAUUUCAAAGCGGUCUUCUGGCGAUCCUUGGGCAGAAUCCAUCACCGGAUCAAGCUCGAGAGUUAGAGAUCCGCGCGAAAUGUUUUUAUUUUUCACGAAAAAAUAACAUGGCAGUGGAUUACGAUGAAUAUAAAUCGUGGCUAAACUUACGCACUUUACCAUCCGCGGGGGAUAGUAGUAUUCAGCCUUCUAAUAGCAAAGCUUCGCAGAGUCCUAUAAGCUCGGCUUCAUCCACAACUGUCCCAUCUCAUUGCCCACCUGCACCAUAUCCUCGCUCAUUCGAGCAGAUAGUUGAGCUUAUUACAAAUGGCAGGCCGAUUCCAGGCAUCCAGGAGAUACCGGAUACUGUUUUGGAAGGGCAAGAAUCUCGGAGCAAGGCUGUCCCGCGAAAGAAACCAUGGGAAAAAUGAACAUUCACUGUCAAUUGGAUUUAUAUUUUCCCCCUCAUAUUAUGACCAUGUGAGCUCUACUGCAUAAUGUAUCCUGCUGUGUGGGGCGUUGUAUUGCCUGGGUGCUAGUGAGACAAACGCGAUGUCAAAUUGCAGAUGAUGGGUUGCCG